GUCCCGCUCCAGCCUUUGAAUUCCGCCAACAUCCACAAAGACAAAACACAGCACUUUCCGCUAAAAGAGUGAAAUACCCCAAAUGUCAAAGGAAGUUGACACAACUCCCACGGGAGCUCAAGUCCUGUCUGCAACGGAAGAGCAAGUCGCAGCGGAAUGUCCCGCAUUGACAAAGACCUCUGAUGGCAAGGCAAUCGUACCCACAGAACUGAAAUCAACAGCGUCUGAAAUUGCACACCUGGUUUCAAUGUCGCGGGACUCAUCUUUGAGUUCUUUUGAGCGCGGACAAGCUGCACAGAAAGCGAGUGACAAGCAUGCGGCAAUUGGGGUUGGCGUACGGCUUCCUAUUGAUCAGACCUUAAUGGAUGGGACGGAGGGACUGGGGAGUGCGAUGAGGAUCGUGUUGUGAGUCCAUCCGAAAUCAAGCUAUGUGGCCAGAUAUCAAGUUUGGACAGAAUAUGUUAUAGCGGUCCUGGUGGCAUUACGCUGGAUCGAAAUGACACAGAGCAAACAUUCUGGCUUUUAAUGAUAGGGUGGAGUUGGAGGCACAUUUUGACAAUGCCAUCAAAGCGGCUUUUAACACCAUAUCUCUCAACAACAACACCCGCUGAAAAGCAUCCGAGGAUCACGGCAACAGCAUUCUACUCUAUCUCUUUAAAAUAGUCUACAAAACAUCCUUUUGGGUCUCG